AUGUCCGCAGGCUCAGUACCCGCCGGGACUGCUAACUUGCCUGCCGGAUAUCCCGCACGGGAUAUCUCCUUUAAGGGUUCAUCCAUCUUCAACCCUGUCCCCAGCCAGCUGCCACCCUGGCCGGACAUCAUCGCCAUCUCCGGCGCUCUCAAGACCGACACACUCACACUCAAGUCCAUCAUGAGAAAAUUCUUCAACCGCAAGAAGCUUUCACAAGACCCCGGCUCAGGCUCAGCCACUGGAACUUCGUCCUCUGUCCAUCAUACCAAACCGACUGAUUACCACUCCACCCUCGCUGGCUCAGCAAUUGACCAGGACCCCUCUGCUCUUGGUUCAGAUUCGGCUAAUCACUCUCAACACCGCGACUCAUCCACUGCAAGCCUCAUCUCCGCUCCUUCCACGCACGAACACGAUACAACAUACCCGACCGACAAUCCCCUCGCUUCGCCUAACACGCGAGAUAAUCGAGACAAGCGUCAAGUCGCUUUCGUCAGCCCCGAUAUCACAAGCCUUGUGACCACCCGACCACCCACUCCACCAACACCCCAGCCAUCUCACCCCUCCCUUCGAUCUUCAUCGGCAGCCGGUAACGCCCACGGCUCAACCCGCACCGUCAUGAACUACGCCAACACCUCUUCCUUCCAUCACCCCCCCGCUAGCGUCAUGUCUCCCCAUCGACCUGCUGCCGGCUCAACCGGAUGGCGAUCUGAUGGCAGUGCUGGAUCCCAAUCUGGCAGUCAGCUCGGCCACUCCGCAUCUCUCCCAUCCCCCGACCUAUCUCGUGACACAUAUGGCGACAGGAUGACACCAACCCCCAAUAAUGGAUAUCGGCCCAUGACACCACUGUCAACCGUCAGCUCAGGUUAUCAGGUCCGGAGAAGCUCUGGUGGGGUCAUCGGCCCUGCUGACACUUGGGGCGGCAACGUGAUCGGUGGGCGACUGGGUGAAGACAUAUACCAGCCGAUGACUUGGAGUGAAAUGACCGAUCUGGACUUGGUUGAAAACUUGAGCGGAAGAGAGCGAACACGUCAGGAAGUUCUGUGGGAAAUCGUGGCGAGUGAGGAGCGUUAUGUUUCUGAACUAGUAUCUCUCCGAAACAACUACAUCACUCCCAUACUAUAUCCUAUGAUCGCCCCGAUUCUUCUCACCCCGCCAGCAACAAAUACCCAAUCGAAUUUCUUCAAGAGCUACAGCAGUGUUUCCUCCAGCUCACCAACAACUUUGACUCCUCCCACCACUGCCUCUGACUUCCUGCCGAUCGCUGCCCAAUUUGUCCGAAGUUCCUCACGAUGCUCUCGCAACACGUCUAAUCAUAGCCAAGAUCAUCUGCCCGACAUGGAAUCAGAAGAUUCUCACUCAUUCCCCGUCCAAUCAGCUGCCCCUAUCACAUCCCCUGAUCCAACUCGAACCCUGUCUCCAUCUGAGAAAAACGGACCAAAUCAUAAUCGUUUGUCUUUCAAUACUCGGUUUGGAAUUCGUUCCAAGAGAGCAUCUCAACCCGACUUGGACCCCAACGUCCAGGCUCUUUCUAAUUACAAUCAAUCAAGUUCUUCAGUCCCACACAUGAAUUUCAAGGGUGCUUCCACUCUACGUGGUAUCAGGCAUUAUCUUCGACCGCCUAAUCCACCCAACAAGCUUCAUAAAGCUCAUCAGGAUACCAUUCAACAGGCCCUAACGAAUCACGCCAACUUUGAAUACCUCUUGCCCGAGUCGUUGAGGAUCAUUUUCAAUAUCGUCAAUGAUGGGAUGUUCAGGGGACACGAAGAUUUGAGUGUCCAACUCAAAGAAAAGUAUCUCGAACAGUUCCCGCUCGUCCGGGAUUUGACAUCAGUAUGGGCCGAACAGACUUGGAUCAUCGAGGCAUAUGCUGUCUAUGUCCAGCAUCUCGAACGCGCUCUACGGGAUAUUGAGGAAACUUUGGCGGUCGUGGGUCGCAAGAAUUCCACCGCCCCGAAGGAGAUGAAGCGUCUUGCUAGUAUAAUCAUGCUUUUGGAAGAGAACGCAGCUGUCCAAGGCGAAUGUGGGCUGGCGAUUUGUUUGUCUAAACCGUUUCAACGACUACUCAAGUAUCCCUUAUUGUUCCAAAACCUGCUUUACCACACCGAUGCAUCUACACACGAAUAUGAAAGCGCACAGGCCAUGGCGAUUUCGAUAGAUGGGAUUGUGAGGAGCAUUGAAGAUGGCAAGAUCAGCGAAGAAGAACGUACCAAAGCUCGAGAUGUAUGGUCCCGAAUUGAUGGUGUCAAUGAGAAGGCGAUCAUGGUCCCCCAAAGCGAUCGUCUGCUCAUGUCUGAGGAAUCAGUUUGGCAGCCUGUUCCUGGUAAAGAAAAGCGAACCCUGUCUGAUGCGGCCGAAGGCAGUCGGGCAGUCUCGCCGAUAUCUUCCCGCAACGUUCUAAGUCCGUCUGGGAAAAAGGAAAAGUCCACUAUCGAUCGUCUGCGUAUUCUCAAAGGACAAAAGUCAUUCCGCAGGCUUUCCGACAUGGUCGGUACUGAGAGCAAACAGCCCACCCUUGGCUCUAAGCGUGACAUUUGGCUGGUUGUCUUUUCGGAUGUUGUUCUACGAUGUCAACGGGUAGGCGUCACUCGAAUGUCCACAAGCUAUCCAUCUUGGCUGAAAGAUAAACAGAAGGGCAAACGUCUGUUGCCUGGUCAAGAGAGGAACCUUUACAAAUUCCUAAAAAUCGAAAGAUGGGAGAAGCAUCCCUCUAUUAUUCUGAAAGAGGCUAACCAAGCUCACGCAGAGGACAUGGCCAACAGUACUGCCAGCUCAACCGCCCAACAGACCAGCAACAUUUCCGCCCAAUCAGCUUCAAGUGCCAAUGGGCCCCAACCUGAACGCGUGUCUCUGACUACCAAUGGGACGGACGAGUACGAGCGUAUCAGGCGUGAAAGUGCCAUGAGCUUUUCCUACGACCAGGACGACCCCAAGCCAAUCAUUGCACCCAUCGCACCUCUGACGAAAGGGACGUUAAACAACAAGAAUGUCACGAAGAUCACUUCUAAUGCUGGAACAGCGUCCAAGAAGUUCACCAGCAAUCCUGCACCAGCGUCCCGGAUAGUUUCGCCGACGACCCAAUCGGUUAUCGGCAAGCGGACGGCAGCGGUGACCAAGUUCUCCAACCGUGUCCCGGCUGGCCACCAGUUCCAAGGCGUCUCAGGAAGCAUGUCCCCAUGCGGAUCGUCGUCGGCCCAUCACCACCGAUCCUCGGCGGGGGUCCAUACUGGAGCGACGACCAACGCGACCACGUCGCCCGUUGCGCUACAGUACCGGUACGAGACCCCGACGACCAGCACGCUGGCAAAGAAAGCCCAGGCCAGUGCAGCCCGCGCCUUGUCCCCUGCCAUCAGCUCAAGAGCUCCUCCGACAAGACGACGCGCCGGAAGCACAUCCGGCUCGGCUAACAACCCGCCGAAAACCCUCGGCUCCACCCCUCGCACUAGGGCCGGGAGCAUCGAGGCCCUCCGGCCGGCGACCCAGCUCCAUCAGUCCGCCGCCACCGCUAAACGUAACACGCCCACCAAUAGACCCGUCCAGCAUCCCGAACGCGCCCCGCCUUCAGCCGUCGUCUCGAAAAAACCCUCCGAGGACUUCUCCGCUUUCAAGAGCUACUUCGAUACUCCCUCUAACACCAUGUCUUCACUCGCCAUCGCCUUUCCCACGUGA